AGCGCACCGCACCACCACAAAAACUGUGCCCUCUGCUGAUGCCAGCACUUGCAACGUCUCUGUGUGUACAUUUUUUUUUCCACGAGUGCCUCAUUUGAAAAAAAAAAAAAAAAAAAAAACACAAAACAAAACAACACGCACAUUUUUAUUUCGUGAACAGUGUAGAAAUCGUGAUUUGUGUCUCUUCCACCCACUGUGAUUUUUCUGGCGUGUGUGUGCGUGGAUGGGAUUUGAAGUUAAGACUUUAAUCUUUGAUCCGUCUGGAACGAGUGAUAUUUUCCGAAGCAAAAUCAUUUUGUGAAACGCAAAAAGUGGUCGACGAGAAACAUCCUCCGUCCCUUCCCAUCGACUGAAAUCAAAGAGGUUUGUCUCUUUUCAAAAUCAUUAAAACACAGCGACAGGAGCAACGGCAGCAACAGCAACAAACAAGAAACGAGAUGGACCUGCUGCUGCUGGACUAGUCCACACACACAAACAGACAUCCCUCCCCCCUGAAAUAAAAAACAAGAAAGCCAAUCAAAGCAAAAAAGAAAACAAAAAAAAAAAAAACAAGAACUGGACCGUGAGAAAGUCCAUUGUUUUGUCCUUUAGACGUGAACGGCGGAUGAUGUUAUUGGCCAGUCUGGCGCAGCGCGUCGGCCGACCAACAUGUCCGUCCUGCACCGACAAGGCCGGCAGUCGAUGAUGGCCUUUGUUGUCGUUAGCCUCGUCUGUUGCGGCCUCCUGCUGAUGGGAGCCGAAGCGUUUUGCCCGUCGCAAUGCCAGUGUAACGACCACGCCUUGGAGGCGGAUUGCGCCGGGUCGCGGCUCGACGUCGUGCCCAUCUUGCUCAAUCCGGCUCUACGCUCGCUGCGUCUGGCACACAACCGCAUCGCCACCAUCCGGCAGUCGCUCGACUUUUACGCCGACCUCGAGCUGCUGGACUUGUCGCACAACGCCCUCGUCGGGCUGGGCCAGCGCCAGCUCGGCUCGCAAAAGGUGCUCAGGGCCCUAAACCUCAGCUACAACGCCAUCGGACACCUCGACAGUCACGGGUUCCAGGGGCUCGGCCAGCUACAAAUGCUGGAUUUGCGGCACAACGAGCUGACGGCCAUCGAGGACGGCUCCUUCUCCGAGCUGGAAAUGCUGGUCGAGUUGGAUUUGAGUGAGAAUCGGAUCGAGAGGCUCAGUGAUCAGUGUUUCGCCUCGCUCGGCCGUCUGCGCUCUUUGAACUUGCGCGCCAACCGUUUGCAACAGUUGGCACCGUCGCCCAGCUGGACGCCGCUGGGCGCCGCCUUGCUGACCCUAGACCUGAGCCACAACUUGCUGGCUCAGCUGGACGGCGGCGAAGGCGGCCUUAGUGCCUUGAUCGAGCUGCGCCAGCUCAACUUGAGCAAUAACACGCUCCACCACAUCCACUACGCUGCCUUUGACGGGCUCGGCCGGCUCACCGAGCUCGAUCUCAGCGCCAACCGGCUAGAGUAUGUACCCAACGACGCCCUGUCGCCGCUGGGCGCCAGUCUGCGCUCCCUCGAUCUCAGCGCUAAUUACAUGAGUCAAGUGGGAGCCGGUGCCUUCGCCGAGCUCCUCGAAUUGGAGACGCUCCGCAUGUCCGACGUCUUAACUUUGCAGUCCAUCCAUCCGGAUGCCAUGGCCUUCCUCAAUGCAACGCUGCAGACGCUCGUCUUGUCCAACAAUCGCCAGUGGAAGGCGCUCGAUCCGCAAAUGCUGUCGCAACUCGGCCGGCUGCGCCACGUCGACCUCAGCGGCAGCGGACUGGAAACGGUGGCGAAAAUCGACAACUGGCCGCCGUUUCUGGAGCAUUUCGACCUGAGCGGGAAUCCGCUGCAGUGCAACUGUUCCAUGCACUGGCUGUGGCAGCACCAGCAGCAGGAACAGCAGACGGGAGCGCCGAACCGGACGGCCACCUUUUCGGCGCCGAUGAAAGACAUCAUCUGCCAAGGUCCGGAAUCCCUAGUCGGCCGCCAUUUUUUCCAGCUGGAAGAGUCGCAUCUGUUGUGCUGGAACGCGGCGCAAAUCAUCGUCAUCGCUCUCGUCUCGGCCCUGGUCGUCAUCGUCGUGACGGCCGUGGCGCUGCUGUGCUGCUGGCGACAUCGACGCCUUCACCAGAAGCACGCGCCUUCCUCGUCGUCGUCGACGUCGUCCUCCGGCUCGUCGACGGCCCCCUCCCAUCACCACCAUCACCACCUACCGGCCACGACCGUCUUGCAUCCGCACCACGUCAAGAACAUGACAAACAACAUGCUGCACCAGCCGCAUCUUCAUCACCACCAUCAUCACCACCAUCACGUCGGCCACGCCAAUCACCUCGAUCACCUGGAACAGCAUCUGCAUCACCACAAUCUCUACCAGACGCCGGACAGCCCUCCGCUGAAGAGCAAGACGUUGUCCUUUCCAAAGACGGUCGAUUAUUUCCUCAACGACGACGACUACGUCUACCAUCCGGGUGGGCAUAUUAAACCAAUUCCCGUCACCGCAGUGUAAAUAACAACAAUA